GAAACAGACCCCAGCAUCGCCGUGGCAACCAAGAAAAUCAUGCUGCAGAGAACCACAGCCAGACAUCCACGUGGAGCUUUGGUCAUCAUAUAGCAUUCAAGCUGUGGGACCAAAACCCAAAUUCAUCUCACUGGAGCGCAGCAGACGGCCACCAGGCUUAUGGUGCCCCAGCAGGAGCAAGUAUUAAUUUCAGUGCCCUGCACAGGGGCACAGCGGGGCAGGAGCACUUUAAGCAGAGCCGUCCAGUGGAGCAGCCCCCCUGGCCUUCUGGGACCUCCUCUGUAUCGCCACCCUCUGAGCUCGGCCUCACCACACCCCUCCCACAUAACAUCACCACGAAUAAAAUACACCUGAGCGACACGGGUGCAGAGGUAAAUCACCAUGAAGAACACAGACCUGAAACACAGGAGCAGGAUCACAGCACAGCACCUACAGAAGAAACUUUAAUACCACCAGAACCUGAACACGACAGCUCCCAUGAACAGCCUCAGGGAAAUCCGUCUGAGGGGCCUCGCAGACUCAAGAAGAACUACGACUGUCCGACCUGUGGCAGAGUCUUCUCUCACAACACCGCUCUGCAGCGACACCUUGUGAUUCACGUGGGGAAAAGACCUUUCAAGUGCUUCAUUUGUGGGAGAGGAUUCACCCAGAGCGGAAACCUCAAAACACACAUGAAAGUGCACAGAGGAGAGUUACCAAAUUGGACAUUGGUUCGAGAGAGUCCCCCGAAAGAAUCUCAUGUGACAGUUCAUGUGUGUGGAGAAUGUGGCAUGGACUUCCCUCAGAAGCAACAGCUGGAAGAACACUGCCAGAGUCACAAAAAGCCUUAUGCCUGCCCUGACUGUGGCAAGACAUUUAAAAACGAAUACUAUUUCAAAAUACAUAAGCGCAUUCACUCAGGAGAGUCACCUUUCCUCUGUACAGAGUGCGGUAAGAGCUGUGUCACAGCAGAUUCACUUAAAAAACACGAGUUGACUCACACUGGAGAAAGGAAUUUCCACUGUGAUCAGUGUGGGAAGGCGUUUUCACAAUCCUCCCAUCUCAAGGUGCACCUCAAGACUCACACUGGAGAGCGACCUCACCUCUGCUCAAUCUGUGGUAAAAGUUACUCCAAAGCGUGCGAUCUGAAAGUUCACCUGCGAGUUCACACCGGAGAGAAACCGUAUACUUGUGACAAAUGUGGCAAGUGCUUCUAUUACUCUCAAGGUUAUCGAGCGCAUCUGAAGAUUCACGACAAGAAGCCAAAGCCUCAAACAAAACCGCUGGGGAGACCAAAACAACAGCUGUCAGUGGCACAUAAUCAAUAAUGUCACCUGGGAGUGUACACUAGUCUGAGAGGAUAUAAAGAGGAAAAGUUAAUAUAUUAAAAACAGUAUUGGUUUGAGCUCUGUUACUGUGUGAAACUUCAAGUGAAUGAAGUGAUAAUUCAGGUAAUAUUAUAGUAAUCACAUGCAUAUGGUAUGCAGUCUUUGCUACUAACUGUGAUUCACCUAAAGAUGAAUAAUAAUUUGACUGUUUGAGUGUUUGGAAACGGAUUUUCACUGCAUUUUCUUCAAAAGAACUGAGCUAAAAAAAAGCUUGUAUUUUGAAAUAUUUUACUUGUGACAUCUAAUAACUUCAGAUGUUUGUUAUUUUAACAGAACUUUUAUUUUUGUAUCUGAAUUCAUAAAUAUAAGCUGCUAUAUGCAUUGGAUUAUCACGACCAUGCAGCAGGAUAAUGCUGUA